UUUCCCUCAAUACUUUUGGAUCAGAGACCAACCUCGAAUCCCACGGCUGCCGCCAAACUUUCCACCGUAUUAGUCAACCUGUUACAAGCAACAGGUGUUCCGGUCUGCCGACGCAAACACCUUGGUACCACCACUGGUGGCGAUACCGAUAGCAAUCCUGCAUGCUGUGCCCUAAUGCGCCAACUCUUGCUUGCUUUUCUCUGUAGAUCUCCAGAUCCAGAAGUGCGAAACUGCAUUCUUGAUAUUUUCACCACCUUGAUUUAG